CACAUCACACACGUGACCGGAAGAAGAAGAAAACGAUAACAACAUCACGUGGUGCGCAUACGGAUAAGGUUUGUUUACUGCCAACACAAGACUUUUACAGCAAUGACAUCUAAAUAAAAAGAUCGCUAAAUGUUUUAAAGGAUGGACGAACACAUUCAGGCUCGCUUGAUCUCUCAGCUCAGAGAUGAUGACAUCCGUCUGUGGCUCGAGCCCUACACCACUGACCAUCAGCACAUACAGGAACUGUCAGAGAGAUAUGGUCCAGUCACAGGAUUUGCGGUGGAUGUUGUUCGCUCAGCUCUGGAGAUGAUUCAGUCUGAUGCUGUGAUGAAGGGUGAAGGGAAUAAAGAAUACAAAGAGACGUCUGUGGCCACGCUUGAGCUUCUACUGCCUAAAGAAGCUCAGAUAUCUGAACAAAACAAAAAGAAGAAAGCUCAUUUAAAAACCAAACUGGACAUCACGGCUCAAGAGCUGAAGAAACAGAUCAGUAAAGAUUAUGGAUUACAGCACUUCAAUCUCAUUCUGAAGGGGAAAAUAUUGUCCCCAGAGAAAAGACUUGAUGAGCAGAAUGUGAAGAACAACAGUAAGAUCAUGGUGAUAUCAGUUUCAUCUGAGAACGAGAGGAACGUCAUGCGUGAGGAAGAGAAGGAGAAUCGCUCUGAAGAUGAAGGAGUGCAGAGAACCCGGAGAGGAUUCCAGAUUCUGUCAGAAAGAGAUGGUACAGAGGAUCCGGCCACCACUCCGUUUCUGGAGAUCGCAGAUCAGAAAGGAAAUCCACUCCAGAUUCCUGACAAUGAGAGGAAGGCUCUGAUAAUGGCGAUGGGUUUUCAUGAGAAAGGUCGAGCGUUGAUGAAGAAUAGAAAGCACAGCUCUGCUCUCUUUUAUCUACUGAUGGCUGACGAACAGUUUAAACAGUGUGACUCUACAAUACUGAAUGCGGUGGAUAAUUUUGCGGUUCUUCAGUUGGAUAUCGUGUGGUGUUAUCAGGCACUGAGUGCUCUCUCACAUCUAGACGACGCCAAACAGAGAGUUCAGAACGCUGAGAGAUGUUUUCUGAGAUGUUACGGAGAUCAGCAGAGCAGACUGCAGCAGAUCAAAGGUCACACCGGAGGAGAGGAUGUGCUGUUUUUAAGGUUGGAUCUUCUUCAGAGUUCUCUGGCUUACCACAGCGGUGAUGAGAAGCGAGCAUCUGAUCUGCUCAAUAAAGCUCAGGAGUUGUACGGUCAGCUGAGUUUAGACCCGGAGAAACUGAACCAGCUGAUGAGUUUGGGUUUCUCCGAACAGGAAUCCCGCUUGGGUUUAAGAGCGUGUCGAGGAAACAUCAAUGACGCAGCGCUGCACCUGAUGCAGAGAAACAAGGAGAGAGAUGAGAUGAAGGAGAGAGAGCGUGAGAAGAGGAGGCGACGUCUACAGGACAUAAACACAUUGGUGGAGUUGGGUUACAAUAAGAGAGACGCUGCUAAAGCCCUGCAUCAAGCUAAAGGAGACGUAGACAAAGCCUACGGGAUUCUUUUAGAUCGGGCUGAGGCUCAGAUGUCAGACACUUUGGAUCUGCCGGGAUUAUCUGAUUCAUCUGUGAGGCUGAUGGGUGAUGAGAGCGUGUCACAAUCUUCACCUUCAUCUUUAUCAGAAGAGCCCAGCACCUCAUCUGACCCGCCAUCGGUUAUAUCCAGUCCCAUGGAUGAGGAGUUAGUGAACGAGGUUUUAAAGGACAUUCCCAGACAUGAAGAAGAUUAUCUGGACGUCACACUGGAGGAGGAAGAGGAACUCAUGGCACGACUCAGAUCUUACAUUAACAAAUGACCCGACAGAAGAAACCUCGCUGAUAGAGGACAUACGUUUAACACGGUUAUCGUUGUCUGUUAUGUGAUAUUUCUCUGAAAUAACAUUGAAUGGAAAAACGAAACAUUUCUUUAGCUCACAUUCAAAUCAUUAAAAAGCACUUACUGUAUUUAAAACCGUUCUGAUUUUGAAAUCUUGUGUUUUGAUUAUUUUUUAGCAUUUAUCAUUCAUGUCCUUUAAAGAACAGAGUUCAGACGUUGAAUGUGUUUUUUGGUUUUGUUAUCACAUAUAAAGUUUUCAUGCAUUGAAAGUUCAUUUGAAAGCAAUAUUGAGUUUUACUCGAUUCUCUUUAUGUUCAGGUUCAAAAAUCAAACCCAAAUAGAAUUUGUUCAACAUGCAAUAAAAGAUUUUUGGAGGUCACUA